AUGCUCACUACGGACACACAGAAACACCUUAUUGAUCUGAUUCAAGAUCCUGGAAGUUGUUAUAAAGUAGAUAUCAUUACUCCACAGAAAGCUCUGAAAGAAAGUGAAGAUAUCAAGGAUGACUCGAUCAUGAAAAUAGAAGUAUGUACGUCAGUUCCCUGCGUGCGUACAGCAACAGAUCUUUUGAAGCUUAUCGACACAAAAGUUGAUCCCUGUGAAGACUUCUAUCGAUUUGCCUGCGGCAGUUUUCUGCAGCACACCGACCUGGAUAAUCGCGGUUUCAUAUCCGUCCAGAAUUUUAUCGAGGACGAGAUUCAUUCCGAAAUUAGAAAUAUAUUAGAGCAGCCGAUACGACAGGAAAGCCCGAAAUCCUUGGAUACAGCAAAGAAAUUUUAUCGAGCUUGCAUGAACGAGUCUGCGAUCGACGCAGCAGGAUUAAAAAAGAUAAAGGAAAUUCUAGAACGGAUCGGCGGCUGGCCAACCCUGCUCGAGAAUAAUUGGCAGGAAGAUGAUUUUGAUUGGUUAGCGGUUGUGCAUAAACUCAGAGAGAUGGGAGUCAACUUCGGGGUAUUUUACCUUGUUUCCGUAUAUCGAGACGAAAUAGAUGAGUCCAGAUACGUUUUAGGUGCCGAAAAACCAUUGUGUAAAAAUUUAAGUACCGCAUCGCUUGCCUCCAAAAUGUAUUUAAUGAAGAGGGUGAUUUUGUUGAGAGCUUCAAACUACAUCUAG